AGGAAGCUUGAAACGUCAUGAUGAGAAGCUUUGGAGUCUUCCUUCAGCUCUUCUUGGCAUUACUGACAAAUCAACAUUCGGCUACAUGCCUGAAAAUCGGAAGUUUCAACAUUCGCACUUUCGGAAGAAGCAAGAUGUCGAAGCCAGACGUAGUUAACAUUCUACUUCAGACUGUUGAGAGAUAUGACUUGUUUCUCGUGAUGGAGAUCAGAGAUUCUACCCAGACUGCUAUCUAUGACUUUCUGGAUCAGUUGAACAAUCGCACAGAAAACCCUUACUCCCUGAUUCUAAGUGACCGUCUGGGCAGAUCGAGUUACAAGGAACAGUAUGCGUUCUUCUACAAGGAAUCGUCGGGUCUGUCGGUUUCGGACGUCUACCACUUCGACGAUGGGGACGAGAACUCUGGGAACGACACCUUCGCGCGGGAACCGUACGUGGUCAGGUUUAACUCGUCCCAAACAGGUAGGCAUGAUGGGAUCGUUUCUGGUCAACUGCUAGGAUGGAUCAUCCAGGACUUCGUCCUGAUCCCGUGCCACACGGCACCAGACGACGCUGUCCUGGAGACCGACUUCCUCUUCGACGUCUACCUGGAUGCUGUUGCUAGGUGGGGCAUCGAUGACGUCAUGGUCCUUGGCGACCUGAACAGUGACUGUAGCUACGUCACAUCCGGCGAGUGGGACCAGAUCCGACUGUGGACGGACCCGAGGUUCACCUGGCUGGUCGGAAAUGACGCAGACACGACCGUCAGCUCGACGGACUGCGCUUAUGACAGGUUUGUUGUUGCUGGGGACGAUUUCCUGAACGGAAUCAACACGAGUUCUGUCUCUGUCUUCAACUACAGGGACGCCUUUAACAUCAGCCAGGAUCUGGCAUAUGACGUGAGUGAUCACUGGCCGAUAGAACUGGAUCUGUACGAAUUAAACUCGGAGGGGACGACAAUUGUACAACUGUCGACCACAGAGGGAGGGGCAUCGACGGAAAACCAUCUACCAACAACGCCCCUGCCGUCUACUGUCGAAACUACACAGACACAAGGAAAAACUGUAUCAUCCACUGAAGGCGGCCAAAGUCAUCCGCCAACAACACCCAUGCCGUCUACCGAGGACACUACAAACACGCAACGAAAAACUGUAUCAUCCACGGAGAUAGCCGCGACAGAAACAUCCACUGAGAUAGCCGCGACAGAAAACGUUCAAACGACGACCGAGGAAAACGCAGGGGUGCCAGCCAACAGCGCUGCCUUGCUAAGCACCGAACUUUGGUCCGGAAUUUUGGCGGUUUCGGUGGUUGUUUCUUUCCUGAUGGGAAUGCUUUUUAUCAAAGCGGUGACCGCGUACAAAAAAUCGACGGGUCGGGCGAGGUCCCACGACACACACGCACUGGGAACAAUUAUCACGAACAAGACAACUCGAUAGUCACCCUGAUACUUUUCAGGCCAAAAUGAGGAAGCUAAAUCCGACUAAAUUCAGCGUGAGUGGAAUGAUGUCGAUA